AUGGGGAAAUCUGAAAGCCAAAUGGAUAUUGUGGAGAAAUCGACCAGAUCCAGGAAGAAGCCCUGGAGUGUCCUGGAGCUGGGACUGUCAGUCCUGGUGUUCCUCAUGACCUGCUCUUUAGUCACUCUGGUAAUCCUCUACAUGGAAUUCAAAGGGAAGACACUGACGCUCUCUCCCAUUUCGUUUUAUAUUCCAAGAGAAGAGAAGACUUUUGUAAAACGAGAUUCCCAAGAAAUCAAAAUUACUGGCCAAAAUGAAGAAACCUGUGUCCACCCUGGCUGUGUGAUAGCAGCCUCUAGGAUCAUCCAGAACAUGGACCCUACCAGAGAGCCUUGUGAUGACUUCUACCAGUAUGCCUGUGGAGGCUGGAUCAACCACCAUGUGAUUCCAGAGAGCAGCUCCCGCUACAGCAUCUUUGAUAAUCUGAGGGAUGAACUGGAAAUCAUCCUCAAAGGUGUGCUGGAGAACCCCAAAACGGGAGACCGGAGUGCCAUCCAGAAAGCUAAGAUACUAUAUAGUUCCUGCAUGAAUGAAAGUCUGAUUGAAUCACGAGACUCUCAGCCUCUGUUAAAAAUCUUAGAAAUCGUGGGAGACUGGCCAGUGGCCAGUGACAACUGGAAGGAAAACAGAGAACCCCACUGGGUCAUGGAAGAGAAACUGUCAAUGCUGAACUCCCACUUCAACAAGCGGCUCCUUAUUGACAUGUUUGUUUGGAAUGAUGACCAGGACUCCAAAAGCCACAUCAUCUAUAUUGACCAACCAUCACUGGGCAUGCCUUCCAGAGACUAUUACUUCAACAGUGGCAAGUACCAGAGAGUCCGGGAGGCAUACCUACAGUUCAUGAUCGAAGUAGCUAAGAUGAUUCGGGCUGAUCUGAACUUCACCAAAGAUGAUGAGUUUGUGGAGAAUGAAAUGUUGCUGGUGAUGAAAUUUGAAACUGAUAUUGCCAAUGCCACUUCAUCCCAAGAGGACAGGCACGAUGUCACUCUCCUCUAUCACAGAAUGAACAUAUCCCAACUCCAGCGUACUUUAUCAUUCGAGGUCUGCACUCCUUCCUCCCAUAAAUUCAACUGGACCGACUUUAUACAAAUUGUGAUGUCCUCAGUCAACAUCAAAAUCCUGGAGGAUGAGGAGGUGGUGGUAUAUGGAGUUCCUUACCUCCAGAACCUUCAGGAAGUCAUCAGAAAGUACCCAGCCAGAACCAUCCAAAACUACCUUGUCUGGCGCCUGGUACAGGAUCAGAUUAGUAACCUGAGUCAUCGAUUCAAGGAUGCUCGAGUGAGCUUUCGCAAGGCUCUAUAUGGGACCUCCCUAGAGGAUGUACACUGGCGUGAGUGUGUGCGUUAUGUCAACAACAACAUGGAGACUGCGGUGGGUGCCCUCUACGUGAAAGAAUCAUUUCCUGGUGAGAGUAAGAAGAUGGUCAAUGAUCUCAUCCAAAAAGUACGUGAGGUGUUUAUUGAGACCCUCAAUGAGUUAACUUGGAUGGAUGAAAUAUCUAAGAAGAGGGCUCGAGAGAAGGCUAAAGCCAUCAAAGAGCAGAUUGGCUACCCAGACUACAUUUUAGAAGAGGAAAAUGGAAGACUUGAUGAGGAAUAUAACCAGUUGAAUUUCACAAAGGACAGGUUCUUUGAGAAUACAUUGGAGAACCUGAAGUCCAAUGCACAGAAAGGUCUGAAGAAACUGAGGGAGAAGGCGGACAAGGAUAUCUGGAUCAUUGGGGCUGCCGUGGUCAAUGCCUUUUACUCUCCAAAUCGAAACCAGAUUGUGUUUCCUGCUGGGAUCUUACAGCCUCCCUUCUUCAGCAAACAGCAGCUGCAGGCCUUGAACUUUGGGGGGAUUGGGAUGGUGAUUGGCCAUGAGAUCACCCAUGGGUUCGAUGAUAAUGGGAGGAACUUUGACAAAGAUGGAAAUAUGUUGGACUGGUGGAGUAACUUCUCAUCCCAGCAGUUCAAGGAACAUUCAAAGUGCAUGGUGUACCAGUAUGGCAACUUCACAUGGGACCUGGCCGGAGGCCAGCAAGUGAGUGGAGUUAGCACACUAGGAGAAAACAUUGCAGAUAAUGGAGGGAUACGGCAAGCUUAUAAGGCUUACCUAAAGUGGAUAGAAGAAGAAGGGAGAGAGCCCAAACUGCCCGGACUGAAUCUUACCCACGAACAGCUUUUCUUCAUCAACUUUGCCCAGGUUUGGUGCGGGGCCUACAGACCGGAGUAUGCCUCUCAGUCCAUAAAGACAGAUGUCCACAGUCCCCUGAAAUACAGGGUGAUAGGGUCUUUGCAGAACUUUGAAGCCUUCUCUACAGCCUUCCAUUGCUCCAACGGAACAGUUAUGCACCCUAAGAAGAAAUGCAGAGUGUGGUAA